AUGUAUGUCAGGGUCUCAAACAAACGGACAGAUAAUGAUUAUAAAUUUGGGCUAAGCACGAGGUCGUGGAUACGAUUCCAUUACCAAACAACCUUAUUGAGGUUUGGUUUACUAGGUUUCAUUAACGCGGGGGCGCCACCGACGGCCGGCGUCCAGGCGCCAUUGCCGAUCAAUACCCCCCGAGAGUCCCCGAAGAGUUACGAGCACGCUCGAAUACAACCGAUCUCCCCCGAUCGUUUCCCGCACAUGACAAAUUGCAAAACUGUGAUAAGUGACCGUUGUUUAUGUUGUUUUCCAACUAAAAUUCAUUGUUUAGUGAUUAGUCGCGCUGGAGCGACAUCGGGCAUGCGCCGCGUAGCA